UUACUUGGAGUAAAAGAUCACUGACUUCUACAAUGGAAAAGUCAUGGAUGCUUUGGACCUUUGUUAAAAGAUGGCUACUAGCUUUGGCUUCCUGGUCUUGGAGUCUUUGCCGUAUUUGUCUUUUACCCUUGAUAGUAACUUUUCACUUGUACGGAGGCAUUAUACUACUUAUAUUAAUAUUUGUAUCAAUAGCGGGUAUAUUAUAUAAAUUCCAGGAUGUGCUGCUUUACUUUCCUGAACAGCCCUCUUCAUCACGCCUUUAUGUUCCUAUGCCUACUGGUAUACCACAUGAAAAUAUCUUCAUCAAAACCAAAGAUGGAGUUCUUCUCAAUCUUAUUCUGCUGAGAUACACAGGGGACAAUGCAGCGUAUUCUCCGACCGUCAUUUACUUUCAUGGGAAUGCAGGCAACAUUGGCCACAGGUUGCCAAAUGCUUUGUUAAUGCUGGUAAACUUGAAAGUAAACUUAAUUCUUGUCGAUUAUAGAGGGUAUGGAAAAAGUGAAGGAGAAGCAAGUGAAGAAGGUUUGUACUUAGAUUCUGAGGCUGUGUUAGACUAUGUGAUGACUCGGUCUGAUCUCGAUAAAACAAAAAUUUUUCUUUUUGGCCGUUCCUUGGGGGGAGCAGUAGCUAUUCACUUGGCUUCUGAAAAUUCCCAUAGGAUUUCUGCCAUCAUGGUGGAGAACACCUUUCUUAGCAUCCCAUACAUGGCCAGCACUUUGUUUUCUUUCUUUCCAAUGAGAUAUCUUCCUUUAUGGUGCUACAAAAAUAAGUUUCUGUCCUACAGAAAAAUCUCUCAGUGCAGAAUGCCUUCUCUCUUCAUCUCUGGGUUGUCUGACCAGUUAAUUCCACCAGUUAUGAUGAAGCAACUUUAUGAAUUAUCCCCAGCUCGGACUAAGAGAUUGGCGAUAUUUCCUGAUGGAACUCAUAAUGACACUUGGCAGUGCCAGGGUUAUUUCACUGCACUUGAACAGUUCAUCAAAGAAGUAAUAAAGAGUCACUCCCCUGAAGAAAUGGCGAAAACAUCCUCUAACGUAACGAUAAUAUAAUUGAUAUUCUUCUUUGGGGUGGGGGGAGUACCUGCACUGUACCUUGAUUUGUGAAAAGUGGUAAAAGAAUGUCCAUUUUUAAAUGUAUGUCAUGUCUGUACUUGCCUAAAGAGUGAAAUUAAACUUGGAAAGGUCUGAUGCUUUAUUAAGAUGUUCCAGAUUAACUUUUACAUUUGCAGCAUUGUAAAUGAACCAUUUUAUGUCUUUCUCAUACUUUUUUGGUAUCUCUGUCCAUAUAUUCCAUUUGUUUGAUAUGUACAACGGAUGCUAUUAAAGAAACUUGCUACAAAAGUAGUACAGAAUGUGUUAGUUUAGAAUAACGGGAGGCUCUUCAGUAUUCACUGCUGUAUGUGUGAGCUUUUUGGACAGUCAUGGUUAGCAAAAUGAUUUGUUGCUUCUCUUAGAGUUUAUUUAAAGUGUGCCAUGCAUGAGAUUAAUGUUUUAUUCCUUGAAAUUUUAUAUUAUGCAAGGUGGGAAGCCUUUAAUGUGCUAAAUAAUAUAAAAUAACAUUAAUGGUAGAGUAUACUUGCAAGUAUACUAUCCUGGGUUAUUACUGGGUUUUAUGGUUAUGCAUACAUAUAUAUUUCAAACUGCAA